AUUGCUAGUGGCUAGCGUUGAUUACGCAUCCGCAAAUUCCGCUCAAUGGGACAUUAGAAAAGAAACUUUUGCGGAUACUAAAAGACACGUCUGUGACAUCUGUCAUCGAUGACAACAUGUACUCGAAAGCAUUGUGUAUUGUUAUAUGCGGGCUGUGUAAAAAAUUAAAGAAAAAUAAAAAUGCAUUUUAUCAGCAGAAAUUACGCCGGAAAAUUGAAAAAUUGUACAUUUUAUAUACAAUUUCAAAAAAGGAAGAAAAUAAAAAAAAAGAACGAAGAUAUUGGGUGCGAACUAUAUUUGUUGCCGAAAGGAGACUAUUGCAAGGAGCAAGUAACAAUCUUGUAAAAGAAAUGCAGGAACAAGAUGUUGAAAAGUAUGUAGAUUAUUUCAGAUUGCCACCUCAAUUAUUUGAAGAAUUACUGAAGUUAGUAGGACCUGUCAUUACUAAAGAACAAGUAGUUCGUGAUCCCAUUUUACCUGAAACUCGACUACAAAUAACACUGCGGUUUCUAGCAUCAGGAGAUAGUAUGAAGUUGCUAUCGUAUGCCUUUAGAAUUGGACAUAAUACCGUGUCCAAAAUUGUAUCGGAGACAUGUGAAGCAAUAUGGAAUUGUUUGAAAGAUACAGUUUUUCUUACAGACAAUGAAGAGAGUUGGCUAUCUGUAGCCAAUGACUUUGAGGAAUUAUGGAACUUUCCAAAUUGCAUAGGAGCCAUUGAUGGGAAACACGUUAAUAUUCAGGCUCCGGCAAACAGUGGCUCGACAUAUUAUAAUUAUAAGAAACAACAUAGUAUUAAUCUCCUUGGAAUAAGUGACGCAACAUAUUGCUUUACAGUUGUCGACAUUGGUGCCGAAGGUAGGCAAAGUGACGGAGGAGUAUUUCGUAACAGCAUAAUUGGCAAACGUUUUGAAAGCAACUCAUUUAAACUGCCAAAUCCGAGGCAAAUUGAAAUUGGCGGACCAGCAUUGCCUUAUGUUUUAAUAGCGGAUGAAGCAUUUCCAUUGACAACCUACAUGAUGACGCCAUAUACACGAGGCAGAAAAUUGAAUAUUGGAAAAAAAGUGUUCAAUUACAGAUUGAGCCGAGCAAGACGAGUUGUGGAAAGUGCUUUUGGAAUUCUAGUUACACGAUGGAGAAUCUAUCGGAAGCCAAUUAUAGCAACCGUCACAAAUGUGCAACAAUUUGUAAAAGCAACAUUAAUUCUGCAUAACUUUAUCAUUAAAAAUGAAAAGAAAAUGACGAAAAAAAACACAUAUAUACAUAGAACUUUACAAGACAAACAAAACAUUAGUGGAGUUACUAUUCUGCCAGUUUAUCGAGGUCGAAGUAAUAACAUUGCGAUGUCAGUCAGAGAAGCAUAUUCAACAUAUUUUCAAGAUUCUGGAGCCUUGUCGUACCAGUGGGAAAAAGCAAUUCAAAAUGAUUUUUAAUUACUUUUUUAUUUUGUGAACUAUUUG